AUGGAAGAUCCGGAGAUAGUUGACAUCGCUCCCGGCGGAGACGUCGUUUUCAUCUGCACCGCCGAUGAUGGCCAUUUGGUGCGCAUCAAAGUUCUCUCGCUCUUCGUAUCUACCGCCUCACCUGUGCUGAAAGCGAUGCUUGGUCCGAAAUUCAAGGAAGGAAAUACACUCGCUAUGACGUCCAACGUCGAGGUUAUCCUCCCAGAAGACGAACCAUCUGCCAUGAUACUCAUCUUCAAGGCUAUGCAUAUGCGCAUCAGCUCUCUCCCAUCAUCGCUGGACAUCACCGGUGUCAAGCAGCUUGCACUGGCUGUGGACAAGUAUGAUUGUGCAGGACUUUUGGCACCCAUGGCAUAUUACUGGGUCCAAGCUAGACUUCAGGCGACCAAGUGCGAUUUCAAUGAGUUGAACGAGUUGCUUCAUGUGACUUAUCUCCUGGAUCAAAAUGAAUUAUWUGGACAAGUUGGCUUGCGGCUUAUCCUCGAGAGCCCAUCGACUAUCCGAGCAGGACAUGAUGCGUUAGUGCCCGCCUGCCGCGCACUUGAGAUGCAACGUAUAGGCAUGGUGAUGUCGAUUUCCAAAUUACUGGAAGAUCGCACAGCCCUUGCAUGUACACGCUUCGGCAAGACCGAUUCGCACAACUGCCAUAUUCGUUACAAGUACCUUUACAACUUCAUUGAGGUCCUUCAGCAKUGGAAGCUCUGGUCUCUAGACGCAGAGGACCUUCAGCUCAAGGCCGUGCUUCAAGCGAUGCGCAUGAUUAGCUUUCGGAGCAUCGACGAGGGCUGCCCGGCACACAAGGGAGGUCGUAUGCAGCAGUGCGACUAUACUAGUAGAACUCCAGAGAGCAUAGCUCAGGUGUUUGAAGAAUUCGCCGAUAAGUUGGAGCGUGGUAUGCUGCAUCUUUGUCUCUCAUGUACAAAGGCGGGAGAUCCUCUGCAACAGUGCGAGCACAGAGACGACAAUAUUGCGUUCAGAGCCUAG